AUGAGCAUCUCUGCCUUGGCAAAUGGUACCGCAGUCCCAGAGCUCGUGGAUACGACGCCGGACACAACUCUAGCCCUAGGCACUGGGAUCCUUGUCGUCCUCAAGCAGCGCGACCUUCGCCUUCCUGUACGAAGUAUCGCGACGCGUGCGUUGAACCAUGGGCUGCGAUUCUGUUGUGCUUAA